UCUCCCCUGUAACGUUUUUCGCCCUAUGUGCGCAGGUGCGGAAUGUCAUGUCGCUUCCGGAUAGUUUACCGGAUAGUUGUCAAAUGCAAAAAUGUAAACAGCUAUGGGGAAGAUUUAUUGUUGUGUAACAGGUUGCUCAAACUACAGCGGAAAAUUAAUUGACAACAGGAAGGUGUCACUGCAUCGUUUUCCUGUGGACAGCAAGAUUUCAAGAGCCUGGGAGCAACGGGUUAAGUGUUUUAGGAAGAACUUUACAUUAAAAAACACCACUCGUUUGUGUAGUGAACAUUUUGUUGGGAGAGGUGGUCCGUCUGCAGAAUAUCCGAUCCCGAGUGUAUUCCCUCAAAAAACCUUCAAAACAUCCAAGAUUUCUGAUUCCCUGUGCACACCACACAUACUUUUAAAAGGGGAAGAUGAUAAUUCUUCUGGAGAGAAUGAAGAUGGUGUUCUGCAGAGCUCUCUCCAUGCCAACAUUUCUUUUCUGGAGACCUCAGUGUUUAUGCAUGACUAUGCAGGAGUAAUUUCAGAGAACCAUGUGUGUUCCCAGACUAAUAAGUCUGAGCAAACAGAUGAUGUUGUGAUACUGUCAAAGGAAGAGUUUGAAGAACUCAACUGUCUUCCACACCCUUCAAAAGAAGAGACAAAACAAAACACUGUUGAUGUAGGAAUUCAGUGCAAAUUACCAGACAUAACUAUUGAGGACAUCAAAAACAAUGAUGAUGAUGUGAUGUUUUACACUGGACUCCCAUCCUUUCCUGCUCUCAUUAUGAUUUUGAGCCGUCUAAAAACCCGCGCAAACAACAUGUCUUACUGGAGGGGCAACCAUUCAGCUGGCGAGAAAAGGUAUCAGAGAAGUGGAAAACAGAAACCCGGACCAAAAAGGAAACUGAGAAUUGAAGAUGAAUUUCUCCUAGUGAUGAUGAGAUUACGACUUGGUUUGUUGUUGGAGGACCUAGCCAGAAGAUUUUGUAUCAGUGUGACAACUUGCUGCAACAUUUGGCGAACGUGGGUACAAUUUUUGGCUCAGGAUCUGGUUCCUUUGCUUAUGUUUUGGCCAAGUAAGGAAGCAGUCCAAAGUAACAUGCCAGCCACAUUUAGGAGACGAUAUCCAAAUACACGUGUUAUACUGGACUGUACCGAGAUACGGACAGAGACACCAGAAUCUACCAGAGCUAAGUCACUGCUGUAUUCAAACUAUAAGUCUCAUAUGACCUGGAAGGUUUUGGUAGGCAUCACACCAGCUGGAGUGCCUAGUUUGGUGACAUCUUGUUAUGCUGGCAGCAUCUCAGACAAAAAGAUUACAGAGAAGUCUGGAGUGGUAGAUAUGUGUGAUGAUGGUGAUGCAAUCAUGGUGGACAAAGGAUUUCUUAUAUCAGACAUGACUACUCCUAAGAACAUCCAACUGAUCAUACCACCAUUCAAGAGGAAACAUAGAAAAUUCUCCAGGAGGGAGGUGGAAACAACCCGACGAAUCGCAAAUCUUCGUAUUCAUGUUGAGCGACAGAUGCAACGUAUCAAACUCUUUCGUAUACUGAACGGUGUAAUGCCUAUCAGCUCUGCAGAUACAGCUUCAAAUGUUUUUAAGAUCUGUACAGCACUGACAAUAUUGUAUCCCCCUCUGAUUCGCGGAUAACUAUAACUUUUACUCUUAUUACUUGUUGAUACAGAACAAUUUUCUGGACAGUUGUGUUGUAUAAUUUCUCAAUAUCAAUACAUGAUAUAAUAUAGUCAUCAAGUUCAAAUCCAACUAUGAUAUUUAAAUAAUUUUAAAUCAUAAGGGUGGAUAAUUUGUGUUUUGAGUACAUGCUGAGUCAUCAGAAGAACACAUAACCAUAAGAUGCAAGUAAUAGGUGUUAAAUCAAGUUCAAUCUUUGGAUGAUAUAUAUUUAUCAAUAGUAAUCCUUAUAAUUAGCACUUUUGAGAAAUUGUGUUUUUUUGUAUAUAUAUAUGUACUUCUGAUGUAAUAUAUACAGAAUAUGAAAGUUAUGUUCAGAACUACCAUGUAUUUACUAGAUCUGCAUACAUGUGAAAGUGUACAUGUCUUAUUUUACAGUAUGCUGGAGAGUCGGGUUCAAACAACUUGUGCUUCAAAGUUUAUGACACCUUCAUACAUGUGUAAAUCUUGAUUGUGAUCUGAUCAUCAGAUACUGUACAUUAAUUUCUAAUUUCAUUAUCAUAUGAGAAAUAACUGUGAAUAAAUCAUCUGAAAUCUACUUCAAAGUUGACAAUGUUGGCCUUGAAUAUAUAGGUCAAGGCUGAAUUAUCUGGAAGUAUAUCAGAUUAAAAUUAAUUAAGACAAUCUUCUUGCUAAUGAGUUGGUUAAGUUCAAGUUUUAAUCUUAAACAUUUGUAUUUCAGGAAUACUAAGAUUCAUUAAAGUGUUAAAUGUUAUGUUAUUGCAGAUGAUUAUAAGUUAUAAAACCUGGAUAGGAUUUCCAUCCACUACUUGCCCAGGUGUGAUGAGUCUUGAUAUUUGUGAAAGUGACACAUGAUAUGAUCACCCUUAAUUAAUCAUGUAAACUUCAGCAAAU